AAACUCACCGCAUUUCAGUAUCAGCUCUACCUUGAAAUAGUGCGGACGUUAAGUUCUAAAUAUUAGCAAUUUGUAUUUGUGCAAAGUGUUGCCACUGUCAUUUCGUUUCAGUGCAGACUAGUGAGCAGUAUAAAGAUUUAAAAGARACUAUCAAAGAUAAGCUAAAGCUUAAGCUUUACUAAUUAAAACUACUUUUGUAAGAGUAAAACCAAAGCAAAAAUCGAUUAUAAUAAAAUGGCAUUGAACGCUGAGGAUAUUGCUGAGAUCAAGAAAACCUGGGCCAUUCCAGUUGCUACACCCACUGAUUCCGGUGCGGCGAUUUUGAUCAGAUUCUUCACAAAAUAUCCGUCCAAUUUGGAGAAAUUCCCGUUCCGAGAUGUGCCAAUUGAGGAAUUAAGUAACAGCGCACGUUUCCGUGCUCACUGUGGUCGCAUUAUCAAGACCUUUGAUCAGUCAAUCAGCCAGCUGGAGGAAGAGGGUGGUCUGCAAAAGAUACAAGAAAUCUGGCAAGAAAUUGCCAGAUCACAUGUGCAACGCCAUAACAUUGCCAAGCCAUCAUACUUUGAACUGCGCGAAGCCAUUGUGGAGGUGCUGAGCGAAGCGUGUAAUUUGAACGAGCGUCAAGCGGAAGCCUGGAACAAAUUGCUUGACAUCGUCUACGACAUCAUCUUCAAGAAGUACGAUGACUUGGGCGCCCAAUAAUGCUGGAAUGCCAGGCAGGCGUCAGGGUGCUGAAGUUAUACGCAUACAAACACACACAUACACCAACGCAAACACGAGUGCCAGCUAUAAUGCAUGCAACAGCAAUACAACAAUAAUGUCUUGCAUAACUUUGUGCACAAUGGCCUAUACAAACACACACAAGCACGCAAAAACACACACCAGCACACACAUUUAGGGAAUAUCAACAUUGACGCUUUAACCUGCUUUUGUAGCGCAGAUAUUUUAUUGUGACCGCAAGGAAAACAAAAAACACAA